AUGUUCGGUAGACCGCUUCUGCCGCUUCGGCAUAUGAGGAGGACCGCCUAUCAGUUCAAGGAGCAAUCCCCCUCGCUUCAUAUCGAGAACCUGCGGCGUUACCUCCUCAUCGCACCAUCACUCGUCUCAAAGGAUCCCGCCUUUCAUCGAUUUUGCAUCCGCCAUCCGGACCUCCAACCGAGCAAUAUAAUCGUUCGAAGGUCGGCUGACUCUGGUCAAUGUCAAGUCGUUAGCUUGCUCGACUGGCAACAUGCCUCGGUCCUACCAAUGUUCGUCCUCGCUGGCAUACCCAACGGGUUCCAGAACUACGGUGGCCCCGUCUCGGACGCGCUGACGCUGCCCUCGCUCCCCGAAGUUCUCGGGGAGUUGGGAGAACCCCGAGAAAACGGCGGCGGGUCAAGUUCACCGAGCGCGCUUGAGGCAUUAUCACUAGCCGCCUUCACUACCACGCCGGCGACACGUGGGAAGGCGAGACUCGAGCUCAAGGUCGCCCUCAUAGAGGCAAUGGAGAGUUGGAAGACGCUCACGAGCGGUGAAGCCUCGUGCCCGAUUACCUUCAACGCGGAGGACGUGCGCGGGGCGAUGGAGCUGGACGAACAGCAGAAUGAAGCAGACAGAACUUCUGCAGCAACUCGAGGACUUCCUCUGCCUCGGGCACCAAGGAUGGGUGCCAACCGACCGCUGCGAGGAGGCAUAGGCGCUCGUCAAGCAGACCAAGGAGAAGGGAUUGGCAUCGGCGUCGGCUGA